AGAGGCAGCAGAGGCGAGCCGCGCGCUCUCCUCUCCGCAAAGGCCACCGAGAAACUCCUGCGUUUUUUUUCCGUUCUUUUCUUUUUUCUCCUCCUCCCUCCCGCUCCCUCCCUCUCUCUCUCUCUCUCUCUCUCUCUCUCUCUCUCUCUCUCUCUCUCUCUCUCUCUCACUCUCACUCUCACUCCCUCUCUCCGUUAUGGACUCGGCACGAGCCGUUAUACCGAGCGGUCCGACCCCCGUCCCCGGGAGCAGCAGCGGCGGUUGCGGCGGCGGCAGGAGCGGCUGAAGCGGCUGAAGCGCACAUGGAAUCCAUCAGUGGAGAAGAUUUAACCCCGUGAGAUCUGGAAUCUGGAAUACGCCAGCCCUCCUCUCCCUGCCUUCUUCUUCUUCUUUUACCUUCUUCUACCUUCUCUAUUUUUCUUCUCUGUUCAUUUUCUCUUCUUUCCCUCUCUCCUUCUCCUCGUCUUUUUCUUCUUCUUCUUCUUCAUCAUCAUCAUCUUUUUCUUCUUAUUCUCGUGGCUGCUGCUGCAUCCAUCCAUCAGAUCCUUCUCCUCCAGAACAAACAAUAAGAAGAACGAAUAACAGAUAGAGCUGCCACCAUUUGGGGCGAUCAGUUCGAUCAGUUCUUCUCCUCCUUCCUCCUCCUCCUCCUCCUCCUCUUCUUCCUCCUCUUCCUCCUCCAGCAGCAGCAGCAAGUGGGUGCUGAGGCGUUGGGUUGGGGGGGUGUCGUGUUUCUGAGGAAAGGCCCGGAUGUUCCAAGGAUGCACUGGUUCGUUCUGCUAGGCUCCUCCAGCCUGUACCCGUUUCUGAUUUUUCACUCCAUAACGGGGAUCAGGUAAUAUUAACUCCAACCAGAGGAACAGGGAGAAACUCCAGCUUUUUUUCCCCUCCUUUCCCCUCCUCCUCCUUUGCUUUCCCUUCUUCUUCAUUUUCCCUCCUCCCCCUUUUCCCUCUCUCCUUCUACCUUCCUUCCUUCCCUCCUUCCUCCUUCCUCAACCAACCAACCCCACCAACCCCUCUAACCCAACCUACCCACCUCUUUCAUUUCUUUCUUUCUUUCUUUUUUCCCCCCCAACCUAUCUUGUUGGGGUUGUUUUGUUUCCCUCCCUCCCUCCUUCCCUUCUUUUCCUCCCUCUCUCUCUCUCUCUCUCUCUCUCUCUCUCUCUCUCUCUCUCUUGCAUUCACCCCACCUCUUAAUUCAUUCAUUUCUUUUUUUAUUUAUUUUAUUUUUUACCUCAUUUUUGAAACAGUACAGCCAAAAUCGUCUUUUUUUUCUUCUUCUCCUUCUUCUUCUUCUUGCUCUUCUUCCUCCUGUUCUUCUUGCUCUUCUUCUUCUUCGUCGUCACCUUCAUCUUACGGAUAAAAAAGGCCGGCGGACUACAUAUAUGGUAAAUGAGAGCAAGAACAUGUACAUACCAGAGGAAACCCUUGAAAACCAUCAAGGCUCCAACUACUCCAGCCCGUCCCUGGCUCCGGUGGCGAGUCUGAAUGAGCAGGAGCAUGGUGGUGGUGGAGGAGGUGGAGGGGGUGGAGGCGGAGGGGGUGGAGGUGGUGGAGGGGGUGGAGUAGUGGGUUUGGCACCAGAGCACAUCCCUACGCCGGGCGCCGCUCUCAGCUGGCAGGCGGCCAUCGACGCGGCGCGGCAGGCCAAGCUGAUGGGCAACGCCGGAGCACCCAUCUCCACCGUCAGCUCCACCCAACGCAAGCGGCAGCACUACAGCAAGCCCAAGAAACCCGUCACCACCGCGGCUACCCGCCCCCCGCGAGCCCUGCUCUGCCUAACCCUCAAAAACCCCAUCCGCAGAGCCUGCAUCAACAUAGUGGAGUGGAAACCCUUUGAAAUCAUCAUUUUGAUGACUAUUUUUGCUAACUGCGUGGCCUUAGCUGUCUACAUCCCCUUCCCAGAGGACGACUCCAACGCCACCAACUCCAACCUGGAGCGAGUGGAAUAUCUCUUCCUCAUCAUCUUUACAGUGGAGGCGUUUCUGAAGGUGAUUGCUUACGGGCUGCUGUGCCACCCCAACGCGUACCUGAGGAACGGCUGGAAUCUGCUGGACUUCAUCAUCGUGGUCGUGGGGUUGUUCAGUGCUAUAUUAGAACAGGCCACUAAAGGGGAUGGAGGGACGCCGAUUGGAGGAAAGGCAGCCGGGUUCGAUGUGAAAGCCCUGCGAGCGUUCAGAGUAUUAAGACCUCUAAGACUGGUGUCUGGAGUUCCUAGUUUACAAGUAGUGCUGAACUCCAUAAUUAAAGCCAUGGUUCCCCUGCUGCACAUCGCCCUGCUCGUACUCUUCGUCAUCAUCAUCUACGCCAUCAUCGGCCUCGAGCUCUUCAUGGGGAAAAUGCACCGCACAUGUUUUAACUACAAAGACGGACACAAAGGUACUAUAGCUGAGGAGAAACCUGCACCCUGUGCCCCAAACUCCGCCCACGGGCGCCACUGCACCCCUCACAACAGCACACAAUGCCUGAUGGGAUGGGAGGGCCCAAACGACGGCAUCACGAACUUUGAUAACUUUGCGUUCGCCAUGCUGACGGUGUUUCAGUGCAUCACCAUGGAGGGCUGGACUGAUGUGCUGUACUGGAUGCAGGAUGCUAUGGGCUAUGAGCUUCCCUGGGUCUAUUUUGUCAGUCUCGUCAUCUUUGGAUCCUUUUUCGUUCUAAAUCUGGUUCUGGGAGUGUUGAGCGGAGAGUUCUCUAAGGAGCGUGAGAAGGCCAAGGCGCGUGGAGAUUUCCAGAAGCUGCGUGAGAAGCAGCAGCUGGAGGAGGAUCUGAAGGGCUACCUGGACUGGAUCACGCAAGCCGAGGACAUCGACCCGGAGAACGAUGAUGAGGGACUGGAUGAUGACAAACCUAGAAACCUGAGUAUUCCAGCCAGUGAGAACGAGUCAGUGAACACUGAUAACGCUCCUGCUGGAGAUAUGGAGGGAGAAACCUGCUGUACUCGUCUAGCAAAUAGGAUCUCCAAAUCCAAAUUCAGUCGCUAUUCACGCCGCUGGAAUCGUCUCUGCCGGCGGAAAUGUCGAGCCGCAGUCAAGUCGAACGUGUUUUACUGGCUGGUGAUUUUUUUAGUGUUUCUGAACACCCUCACCAUCGCCUCUGAGCACCAUCAACAACCACAGUGGCUCACCGACGUGCAAGAUAUCGCCAACAAGGUCCUGCUGGCUCUCUUCACCGGCGAGAUGCUUCUGAAGAUGUACAGUUUGGGCCUCCAGGCGUAUUUUGUCUCACUCUUCAACCGCUUUGAUGGCUUUGUGGUGUGCGGUGGGAUCCUGGAGACUAUUCUGGUGGAGACUAAGAUCAUGUCGCCUCUGGGCAUCUCAGUGCUGCGCUGUGUGCGCUUGCUACGCAUCUUUAAAAUCACCAGAUACUGGAAUUCUCUCAGCAACCUGGUGGCAUCUUUGCUAAACUCCGUCCGCUCCAUCGCCUCCCUGCUGCUCCUGCUCUUCCUCUUCAUCAUCAUCUUCAGCUUGCUGGGCAUGCAGCUCUUCGGUGGGAAGUUCAACUUCGAUGAGACCCGUCGUAGCACCUUCGACAACUUCCCCCAGUCUUUACUCACAGUCUUUCAGAUUUUAACCGGUGAGGACUGGAACUCAGUGAUGUAUGAUGGGAUCAUGGCUUACGGUGGGCCGUCGUUUCCUGGGAUGCUUGUGUGCAUUUACUUCAUCAUUCUCUUCAUUUGUGGAAACUACAUCCUCCUGAAUGUCUUCUUGGCCAUCGCUGUGGACAACUUAGCAGAUGCAGAGAGUCUAACAUCAGCUCAGAAAGAGGAAGAGGAGGAGAAGGAGAGGAAGAAACUGGCCAGAAUGACGAGUCCAGAGAAGCGACAAGACAAUGAGAAACCACCGAUAGAGGAGGAGAAACGAGAGGAGAAGAUCGAGCUAAAAUCAAUCACCUCAGAUGGAGAAACUCCAACUACCACCAAGAUUAACAUUGAUGACUACACUGGUGAUGAGAAUGAGGAGAAGAAUCCAUAUCCAGUGAAUGAUUUCCCAGGGGAGGAGGAUGAUGAAGAGCCGGAGAUGCCCGUGGGUCCGAGACCACGCCCACUUUCAGACAUCCAGCUGAAGGAGAAAGCUGUGCCCAUGCCUGAGGCCAGAGCCUUCUUCAUCUUCAGCCACACCAACAAGUUUCGGGUUUUGUGUCAUAAGAUUGUCAAUCACAACAUCUUCACCAACCUCAUCCUCUUCUUCAUCCUGCUGAGCAGCAUCUCUCUGGCUGCAGAGGACCCAGUGAAGAGCGACUCAUUCAGAAACCAGAUUCUAGGCUAUGCAGAUCACGUGUUUACAGGUCUCUUCACCAUAGAGAUCAUAUUAAAGAUGACAGCGUAUGGAGCGUUCCUCCAUAAGGGUUCUUUCUGUCGUAACUACUUUAAUAUUCUGGAUCUGGUGGUGGUCAGUGUCUCUCUCAUCUCCUCAGGGAUUCAGUCGAGUGCCAUUAAUGUAGUGAAGAUUUUGAGAGUUCUCAGAGUCCUCAGACCCCUGAGGGCCAUCAACAGAGCCAAGGGCCUCAAACAUGUAGUUCAGUGUGUGUUUGUGGCUAUUCGCACCAUCGGGAACAUCGUCAUCGUCACCACCCUGCUGCAGUUCAUGUUUGCGUGUAUUGGAGUGCAACUCUUUAAGGGCAAAUUCUUCUACUGCACAGACUCUUCCAAACAGACGCAGACAGAAUGCAGGGGGACGUAUAUACUAUAUAAAGACGGUAACGUUGGGAAGCCGGAGAGAGCUCAGAGAAGCUGGGAGAACAGUGACUUCAAUUUCGAUGAUGUUUUACAAGGAAUGAUGGCUUUAUUUGCUGUGUCCACUUUUGAGGGAUGGCCAGGGCUACUGUACAGAGCCAUUGACUCCCAUGCUGAAGACGUUGGCCCCAUCUACAACUACCGAGUGGUCAUCUCCAUCUUCUUCAUCAUCUACAUCAUCAUCAUCGCCUUUUUCAUGAUGAACAUCUUCGUAGGUUUCGUCAUCGUCACCUUCCAGGAGCAAGGAGAGCAAGAGUACAAGAACUGCGAGCUGGACAAGAACCAGCGGCAGUGUGUAGAGUACGCCCUGAAGGCGCGGCCGCUGCGCAGGUACAUUCCUAAAAACCCGUAUCAGUAUAAGGUGUGGUACGUGGUUAACUCCACCUACUUUGAGUACCUGAUGUUCACCCUGAUCCUCCUCAACACCAUCUGCCUGGCAAUGCAGCACCAUGGUCAGUCCCCGUCCUUCAACAAAGCCAUGAACAUCCUCAACAUGCUCUUCACCGGUCUUUUCACUGUGGAGAUGAUCCUCAAACUCAUUGCCUUCAAGCCCAGGGGUUACUUUAGUGACCCGUGGAAUGUUUUUGACUUCCUCAUCGUAAUUGGCAGCAUUAUAGACGUCAUUCUGAGUGAAAUAAACCCAGCUGACCCGUCCUCCUCCACCCCCUCCUCUGUGGUAAGACCAAUGGGGCUCCAGAACACGGAAGAUAAUGCCAGAAUCUCCAUCACCUUCUUCCGGCUCUUUCGCGUGAUGAGACUGGUUAAGCUGCUAUCUCGCGGAGAGGGAAUCCGGACUCUUCUGUGGACCUUCAUCAAAUCCUUCCAAGCUCUUCCAUAUGUAGCAUUGCUCAUCGUAAUGCUCUUCUUCAUCUACGCUGUUAUUGGAAUGCAGGUGUUUGGUAAAAUAGCACUGAGGGACAACACCCAGAUCAACCGAAACAACAACUUUCAGACCUUCCCACAAGCUGUGCUACUUCUCUUCAGGUGUGCGACAGGUGAGGCAUGGCAGGAAAUCAUGCUGGCCUGCUCCCCGAACCGCCCGUGUGAAAAGGGCUCUGAAGAGGGUCCUACCACAGAGGAGUGCGGCAGCCACUUCGCCAUUAUCUACUUCGUCAGCUUCUACAUGCUCUGUGCCUUUCUGAUUAUCAAUCUGUUUGUGGCUGUCAUCAUGGACAACUUUGACUAUCUGACACGUGAUUGGUCAAUCCUGGGGCCGCAUCACCUGGAUGAGUUCAAGAGGAUAUGGGCAGAGUACGACCCUGAAGCCAAGGGGAGGAUAAAGCAUCUGGAUGUGGUGACGUUGUUGAGGAGGAUUCAGCCGCCGCUGGGCUUUGGCAAACUCUGUCCACACAGAGUGGCCUGCAAGCGGCUGGUGUCCAUGAACAUGCCGCUGAACAGUGAUGGUACAGUGAUGUUCAACGCUACACUGUUCGCUCUGGUGCGCACCGCCCUCCGCAUUAAAACUGAAGGUAAUCUGGAGCAGGCGAAUGAAGAACUGAGGGCGAUAGUAAAGAAAAUCUGGAAGAGAACCAGCAUGAAGCUGCUGGAUCAGGUCGUGCCCCCAGCUGGAGAUGAUGAGGUGACCGUGGGGAAGUUCUAUGCCACAUUCCUCAUUCAGGAAUACUUCAGGAAGUUUAAGAAACGGAAGGAGCAGGGUCUGGUGGCUAAAGUACCUCCAAAGACUGCUCUCUCUCUGCAGGCUGGCCUGCGAACUCUACAUGAUAUAGGUCCAGAGAUCAGGAGGGCGAUAUCUGGGGACCUGACUGUGGAGGAGGAGCUGGAGAAGGCCAUGAAGGAGACGGUGUGUGCGGCGUCUGAAGACGAUAUCUUCAGGGUAAAGCGAUCAGGUGGUCUCUUCGGAAACCACGUGAACUAUUACCAUCAGAGCGACGGCCGCGCCUCCUUCCCACAGUCCUUCACCACCCAGCGGCCGCUGCACAUCAGCAAGUCGGGAAGCCCUGGAGAGGGAGAGUCGCCGUCGCACGAGAAACUGGUGGACUCCACCUUCACCCCGAGCAGCUACUCCUCCUCAGGUUCCAACGCCAACAUCAACAACGCCAACAACACCGCCAUCGGACACUACCCCAGCCCCUCCAUCAGUACUGUAGACGGCCACACCAGACCCCUGCUGGCACCUGUGCUACUGCCUCACUCUUCAUGGUGCUUCCCUAACAAGAGCUCGGACUCAAGUGACAGCUGCCUCCCGAUCAUCCGGCGGGAGGAGGAGUCUGCUGAUGAAACGUAUGAUGAGAUGUUUAAAGAGAGAGAGUGCCAUCCCGAGCAGAACAUGCUGUCCACUGAAAUGUUAGCACUGCAGGAUGAAGAGUGUAAGCAGUUAGCUGAGAUAGAGGAAGGGGGUGUGGGUGAGGACAGAAGACCAUGGCAGUCUCCCAGACGAGCUUUUCUCUGUCCUACUGCACUAGGCCGAAGAUCUUCCUUCCAUCUCGAGUGUUUGAGGAGACAGACGAGAUCUGAUUCCUCUCAGAAGACAGCAGUACCCCUGCACUUAGUACACCACCAGGCACUGGCUGUAGCAGGAUUGAGUCCCUUGUUGAGAAGAAGUCAUUCUCCGACCCUCUUCACUCGUCUGUGUUCCACACCUCCUGCCAGUCCGGGGGGGCUGUGCGAUCAGCCCGUACCCUCGCUGAGACUGCAGGGAACCAGUUCUUACGAGAAGCUCAACAGCAGCCUCCCGUCGGUGAACUGUGGGCCGUGCAGCAGCGACAGCAACGGCAACGACACCCGGAGCUCCCGGAGAGCGCUGCGCCCCGUCUCUCUAACAGUGCCCUCCGUAACAUGCAAAGAGACCGGCCUGCACUCACACGGCAGCGCUGGCAGUCUUGUAGAAGCGGUGUUGAUAUCUGAGGGACUGGGUUGCUAUGCACAGGACCCCUCCUUCAUUGCAGUGGCGAAGCAGGAGCUCGCAGACGCCUGCGACAUGACAAUGGAGGAGAUGGAGAACGCGGCGGAUAACAUACUAAACGCCAACGGACCUCCCAGCCCUAACGGCAACCUUCUGCCCUAUAUGCACUGCAGGGACACCGGCAGCCAGGAAACGCCGCGGCGGCGCUCCCGAGCCGAGGAGACCGAGGAGCUGCUGAGGAGCGGCCUGGAGGACAACGAGACGGGGGCGGGGGGGCUGCGGGCGGCUGGGGGGAGUCAAAGGAACAGCGGGCUGAUGGAGGACGAGGACAUGGAGUGCGUGACCAGCUUGUAGGGAAUAACAUCAGCACGGAGGACGUCCUCCGUCUCGCCCGACGCUCUCGUUCUCGCACCGGUUCCCUCGCUGCGUCCGGGGACGCCGGCGGCCUCUAGUCGGAACAGUCUCUCUCUUUCAAACCUGUAUUUAUCGUAGGAGCAUAAUGCAAUUCGUCUUAGCCGAAACCGAUUCUUUAAUUUCCUAAUUUUCUCUUUCUCUUAUUUUUCUUUCUCUUUUUUUAAGGUGCGAAUGGCUGUGAGCAAAUGUGUGCGCGCGUGUUCGUGGGCGCGCGACGUGACGUGAGAGAGUGCGAGAGUGAACGCGAGAGAAAGUAUCUAAAGUGCCUCACAGUUCUUAGAACUUUGACUGAGAGAUAGACGUAAAGAUGCAAAGACAAAAAAAGACUUUCGACAACACAGAAACACAAAAAAAAGUAGGACUCUACUUUGUCACUCUUUUUUUGUCGUACACACUCUUUUCUCUCGUCGCUUCAUCGUUAAGGUUUCAUCAGGCCGCCUGCGAGGGCCCGGCGGGGGCCGUGCGAGUUCACGCCGGUCCGUCUUCGGGUCGGAGACGACGCCGCGGAGCAGAAGCAGCUUCUGGUUCCUCUCCUCUCCUCUUGCUUGCGUUGUUCGACGUGCAGAGCGGUGGUUCUAAGCACCGGCGUCCUCCAGCAGGCUGUCGGUGUGGGGUUUUAUUUUUUAAAGUAAAGUAAAGUGAAGCGAGCGCUGGGAAGAGAAGCGUACAGCGGAGAGACUACAAAAAGUGCAGGAGUUAAGAGCUUUGUGCAGCUGUGCUACAAGUCUCCUCUCGACUUCUUCUUCCUCUGUUCAGCUGACCACUAAAAGGAGGAGGCCUGCAUCCCAGCCCACCAUAUACCUCGACUUGUCUCGACUCGUUACUUUGAUUUACUUUACUUUUGAAUUGUUUGAACUGUUUUUAAUCGUUUUCUUGGAAUUGCUUUUUGGCAUUGAUUCUUUUGUUUUUUCUUUAGGUUUUUAUUUUUGUAGAUUUUUGUAGGCCAGUUCUAAAGCUCACCCUGUGGUGGUGAUGGUGGUGGUGGUGAUGGUGUGAUUCUGAGAACAGUAGGAGGAGAUUAAGCUUGAAGAAAACAAGGAAACAUAAAGAGAUAUCUCCUCCACAGUGGGCUGGGGGAACGGUUCAGGCCGAGAAUCUGUUUCUGUGUCGGCGCAUGCUGUAUUUGAUAAAAUUAACAGUAUAUAUUUUUUUUGCAUUAAAAAAAGAUCUACUUUAAUUUCUUUUUCUUUCCUAAGGCCAGCCUUUUGCCAGUAUUGCAUUUUUGCAAUUUAUCCUGAUUUGCAAAGAGAGUGCACUCUCACCCCCCGUUUCUUUUCAUUUGUAUUAGUUUUUAUUUUAUUUUAUUUUAUUUGUUUGUUCCGGAUGGGAGUUGAACAUGAUGUUAAAUAUCCUAAACGCAUAGCAUGGUGGAGUGUCUCUGCCGGGGUCGCAGCACCUCUGACAGGUUUUAAACUGUAUUUAUUUAUUUAUUUCUCCCAGAGAGAGGACGUGUGCUCAGUGGGGAUGCUCUCUAUUGUUGCGUUCAGGUAAAUCAUAAGGUAGCAGAAGCGUGCUGACGUCCUGCUCAGCCGGAGGUACCGAAGGCGGACAUGCUUCCAAGGCUUUCGUUCUUAUUGCUGCUCUCGUGUUGGUCGACCGAUGGUCCGAUGGAGUCAAACUACUGAAGUAGCCGGACGGCUCAAACUGCCAAAACGCUUUUUAUUUGAUACGGUGUGACUUUCACAGCUUAACUGUUCUCGCAGUUAACGUAGAACCACUUAAAAAAAAAAAAAAAGGAUCCUCCUCUCCCACGAGCAGGGAGAGAAUACUGCUAAACUAAUCAUGACGUUAAAAAUAAAAGGUGCACUUUGGGGAGAGAUAGGAGCGAAGAGAAAAAAAAAAACAUUUAUUUAUUCAGGGACAUCUGGGUAGCCUAUCAUUUAAGACACUCUUUCUAAUGUAGUUUACACAGGGCUAAAUAUAUCAUCAUUAAAAGUCACGGUUAGAUUAUACAUUAUUAUGAUUAUGAUUAUGGUUAUUAUUAUUAUUAUUACUGUUAUUAUGAUUAUGAUUAUGGUUGUUGUUGCUGUUGUCUGAACUAUUUUGCUUGGUUUAGCAGUGUAUGCAUGCAUUCAUACAAUCACACAAGACACAUACUCAGAGAGGAAGAAUUUUAGCGAACUAUUAUGCAAAUAAGAAAAUAAGGUUGUUCAGAUGUUCUAGGUUAUAUUAUUGUUACGUGAGCCAGAACGACGCGUGUGCUUCUGAAGACUUUUCAAUUUGACGAUCGUGAGAACUGAUAGCGUACUUUGAUAGCGGACUCUUUAUUAACUCCAUGACUCUUUACCACGGCGAUAAAGGAGGUUAUGUCACUGCUUUGCAUUCUGGGUAUCGGUAAAUUUGGUUAUAAUUAUUAUAGCUUUGGGUAGGUGAGUUGAGCGUCAGUCUCUUUUUUAAUUUUGUUCUGGUUUGUUUUAGUUUCCCAGAUUGAAACUUAGCUGAGAUGUUUGUUGCAAUACUGUGUGUGUGUGUGUUUAAGUGUGUGUUAAAGUGUGUGUGUGUGCUUCAUACCAGGCUUCUUAAAUUUAACUCAAUCGAACAUUUAGUGCCCUAUUUUAAACCCCACCUAUAUAUAUUUAUAUUAUUAUUGUUAUUAUUAUCAUGCCUUCCACCUGCCUUGUUUAAAUAGCAACAGAGCUCAUGAAUAUUCGUAUCUACACUGAUGGGCGUGGUGUUCUGGAAAUGAGGUGUGUUCUUGACAAAGAAAAACACAGGAGCUCCACUGACUGAAUACAACCUAGACAGACGCCAACAGUCAGACGUUCAUCGCUAUCUUGGCAGCACAAACCCAACUUUUACAUCAACAAUAAACAGAAUACUAAAUUAAAUAACAUUGGCGAAUGCUGAGAAGCGUUUGUUGAACACGUCCAGGUAGCUGCACCCUUAAAAUAGCAAUCCGCCAAAGUCAGAGCUCACCUGGUUCUUAAAGGGAAUGAUGAGCAAGUGACACGCUGUACUUUUCCCGACGUUAUGAUAGCGAAGACACACUGAUACUGACCCUAAAUCAUAUUUGACUGCUCGUUUAUAGAUCUCCUACACAAAGCCCUUAGUCGCUUUUCAAGAUUCUUCUGUUUUAUGACUUUUAGUUCAAUUUAAAGUGUUUCUCACCUGCUGAAAGUGAACAAACGUACUGUUCUCCACUUUAAAUGAAAGAAAGGAAAAAGAGAAGUUUAUGGGAAAACCUAAAAUAAAGACAUGUAGCUGAAUAUCCUCCCAAAGCCACCGCAUCAGUCCCUCCCCCCGAUCCUGACCAUUAGUUUUCUCUUUUACACAAUGUGCCAUGUGUUACGCUAGGCCACGACUGUGCGUGGAACAUGAGAGAGAGAGAGAGAGAGAGAGAGAGAGAGCACGCGAGAGAGAGAGAGAGAGAGAGAGAGAGAGAGAGAGAGAGAGAGCGAGAGCACGCAAGAGUAUGGAGAGAGUGCGCGUCUGGUUCGUGGCCCAUGUGUGUGCAGUAUAUAUGCAGAAUGCACAGAUGAUUAUGUGGAUGUGUGCCUGCAUACCACAAGAUAUGCAAAAACAAUGCAAUAACAACUAUGACUGUAUACUAGAAUUAAAAAAAAGAAAUAUAGCUGUAAAAAAUAUAGAUAUAAUAUAUUCAGUUAUAUACAGUUGUUGUGUAUUACGUUACAGAUCUUUACAUUUAAAAAAGAAACCUGUUAUACUUGAAAUCAGGUGCAUUUCAGUAUUUUCAGUACAAAACUAUAUAUGUACAUAUAUAUGUAUAUAUGUACAUAUAUAGUGCCAGAUUUGGUUUAAGUUUGUUCUCUCUCUCUUUCUCUGUUUUUCUCUCUCUCUUUUCAAUCUUUUUUUUUUUUUGCUUUAGUUUAUUUACUUUUUUUCGAUAACUAGGUGCACAAGUCAUUUAAAGGUGCAUGAAGUUCAUUUUAGCAUCUCUUCUAUUUUCAUAUUUCUUUUAUUUUUUGAUUUUCAUCCUGAACAGAAGUUCUGAUUGCUGACGGAGCUGAAGAUAAAUGUUUUAUUUUUAUUCAGAUUAAAGUGUGUAAAUAAGGGAGGAGGGAGAAGUGUGUGUUGCUGUUAUAGAAAGCGUUAUAGGAUGUACGUGGCGUAAAGCUGAUUUUGCAUAUCUUGUGUUCAUCCAGUUCAUCCAGUUGAAAAGUGGCUGUAUAUAAACUCAGACCAGCAUUUCUCUCUUUUCACCUCUGUGUUAAAUCCAUUAAAUCCACACCAAACUUUUUUUUUUUUUUUGGUUCUUUCUCUUCUUCUACUCUUGAGGAAUCUGAGCAGAAAUAUCAGCGAGAGUGUGUAUACAUAUAUACAUUUAUAUAUAUAUAUAUAUAU